AUGAAGCUGUGCAGAUUAGCGGGCUAUUUGCUGCUGCUGGUGCAGCUGCUGUGGCCACAGCCCAGCCGCACCAUCGAGCUGAGCACCGACUAUGCCAUAGUGAGCAAGGCAGCGGUGGCCACCACCACAGCACCACCGCCGACGCCAACGUCCGCUGCACCGCCCGGACGCAGCUUCAAGGGUCGCAUACAGACGACAACGCCACGCAAUGCCUCGAAGCGGCAGGCUCGUCCGCUGGCUAGCAGCACCUCAGACGAGCCCCAGCAGCAGCUGGUCGCCAUUUCAUCGAAAUCGUACAUCUCCGGUCCCACCACACCGCCCUCCAAGCUGGCCAAGCGCGCAGGACUGCCGCCCCAGAAGAAAUUCGCCAAGGAUGUGCGCAAUCGCAGCAGCCUGGCCGUGGAGCGAAACAGACUGCAGCACGAGGUGCCCGAUCAUGUGCCCGACUCCUCUGGCUAUGUGCCACAGCGCAUUGGACAUCCCGUGCAUCUGGAAUACGGCUCCACUGGCGUCGACUCGAGCGGCGCUCCAACAGGCAGCGCGGGCUAUCAUGCGGCGCCCUACGAGGGCAACAAGUGGCACGAGGAGUACUGGGAGCAGGACUACUCGGGGCAACAGUACACGCACAACAGCACACGAGUGCAGCAUAUCGAAGCUGAGUGUCAGGAUGAUUACAUGAAGAUACGCAUUGGCUUUAAUGGCUCAUUCAGUGGCUUAGUCUACUCCGCUGGCUAUGCCUACGAUCCCGAUUGCAUGUACAUCAAUGGCUCUGGCCGGGACUACUAUGAGUUCUAUAUACAAUUGAAUCGCUGCGGCACGCUGGGCAAGAACUCCUUGCAGGAGGAGAGUCGCAAGAAUCCCACGAACUUUAUGUGGAAUACAGUUACCGUGCAGUAUAAUCCGCUCAUCGAGGAGGAGUACGACGAACAUUUCAAGGUCACCUGCGAGUAUGGCUAUGAUUUCUGGAAGACAGUUACAUUUCCCUUUUUGGAUGUGGAAGUUGCAACGGGAAAUCCUGUAGUCUUCACUCUCAGUCCACCUGAAUGCUAUAUGGAGAUCCAGAAUGGCUAUGGCAUUGGUGGACCGCGUGUGACCGGUCCAGUGCGUGUAGGCGAUCCCCUGACGCUCAUCAUCUAUAUGCGCAGCAAAUAUGACGGCUUCGAUAUAGUGGUGAAUGAUUGCUAUGCGCACAAUGGCGCUAAUAAGCGCAUUCAGCUGAUUGAUCAUCAGGGCUGCCCCGUGGAUGACAAGCUCAUCUCGCGCUUCAGGGGCUCCUGGUCGGACUCGGGCGUGUUCGAGACGCAGGUGUAUGCAUAUAUGAAAACUUUCCGCUUUACGGGUUCGCCGGCGCUGUACAUUGAGUGCGAUGUACGCAUGUGCCAUGGACGCUGUCCGAGUCAGCCCUGUCACUGGCGCAAUCUGAAGGCCGUUACCAAACGCGACACGUCCAACAUGACAGCCACAAAUUUGUCGCUGCCGCCGCUAUCGGAUGCAGAAAUCGAAGCCACUGAGAGUCCGGCGCAGGCUUCGCUCUCGGAGAACGUGAAUCUGUUUCAGUCGCUGCGCGUGCUGCAGGAGGGCGAGUCCGAUGGCGACGAUGUCUAUGCGCAUCGGCAGGCCAAGCCACAGUUGCCGCAUCAGACCUGCCUGAAGACCUCAACCUUCUCGGCUCUAACGGCCAGCUGCUCGGCGCUGCUUUGUGUGCUGACUGUGAUGUUGUUCAUAGCCUGCUCUCGACUGAAGCGACGCAAGCAGUCCACGCUGUACGACUCCUAUAUAGCGCAUAAGGGUCAGAUUGAUUGACGGAUGAUUGACAUGCUUGAAUAUGCUAAUUGAUAUGGCUGGGUAGUUUAGGGUCUGCUGGAGUUUUGUAAAUAGUUUUUAUUGCAUACAAAAUAAGAAUGUACC